AUGGGAGACGUCGACAACAUUACAGCGAAAGAGGCCGAGAUUGGUAGCUGGGCUAGAACGGCCAAAGAUUUGGCCUCCGGUGCUGCUGGGGGUGUUGCUCAAGUUCUUCUCGGCCAGCCAUUUGCAGACAUCAUCAAGGUUCGGUUACAAACAACAUCAACAUAUCCUAAUGCACUAGCAUGUGCGUCCUCGAUUUUCAAGAAUGAAGGGCCUCUGGCUUUUUACAAAGGCACUUUAACCCCCCUGAUCGGGAUUGGCGCUUGCGUCUCUGUUCAAUUCGGCGCUUUUCAUUAUGCUCGACGAGUCUUCGAAGACCGGAACCUGCAUGCCAACCCUGCAGGACCCGCUACCUUGUCAUAUGGGCAGUACUAUCUCGCUGGCGCGUUCGCAGGCCUGACCAAUUCGGUGCUUUCUGGACCCAUCGAACAUGUAAGAAUCAGGUUGCAGACUCAGCCUCACGGCGCCAAUAGAUUAUACAAUGGCCCGUUGGACUGUAUCAAGAAGCUGUCCGCUGGGGGUGGCGUUUUUGGAGGACUUUAUCGCGGCCAGGCCGUCACCCUAUAUCGCGAGGCACAAGCCUAUGGUGUAUGGUUCUUGACCUUUGAAUAUCUAAUGAACGCAGACAUGAAGCGGAACAACGUCCAGCGCUCCGAGAUUUCAUCCCCAAAGGUCGCCUUCUAUGGUGGUCUAGCUGGUGAAGCACUCUGGGUUGCCAGUUAUCCGUUUGACGUCAUCAAGAGCAAAAUGCAGAGCGAUGGCUUCGGAAAGGACCAGAAGUACAAGACCAUGCGUGAUUGUUUCGCAAAGACGUGGCAAGCCGAGGGUGCUCGUGGGUUCUGGAAGGGUAUUGGACCCACACUUGCCCGAGCCAUGCCUGUGAGCGCAGGGACAUUUGCAGUGUGA